AUGGCGAAGCCGGUCCCGGCGCGCCAGGAUUCUGGCGGCAGCACCGGAGACGUCGAGGACUCCCGCGAUGUGAAGAGCGCCUCCGGGAGCGUCUCGGAGGAGCUCAAUGCCACGCAGGUGUCGUUCGCGAGCGCCAGGCGCACCAGCGGCGAGCACAUUGCGCACCAUCGCUCAAAGCCGGUGGACGACCGCAAGCAGUGGAGCGCCAUCAAGUCGCUCAUGAAAAAGCUCAACACGCUCUCGGAGCCCAUGGGCGACGCCGGGUGGGGCCCCGCGUACGAAAUCGCGUCCAAGCCGACCCGGAAGGGGCCCACCAUGGGGCUGUUCUUCGCACCGGCGAAGCGGCCGGAGUACUGCUCGCUCAUCAUGCAGACCCCGGAUUCCAUGGAGCGCUACUCCUUCUACGGCAAGCUCAUGCAGCACAUGAGCUGCGCCCCGUACGCCAUCACGACCGUCACCUACGGCCACGUGGUCGGGAUCGGGCGGUGUGGGCUGUGCGGAACGCAGUGCGGCAAGGUGGUCGUGUACAAGCUGGACACGUUCGAGCGCAUCUUCGUGUUCGACACGCUGUACUACUACGGCAAGGCUGAGCUUCCGAUGGUGCAACUGGAGUCGAUUCCGGCCGACGAGGACUCCGUGGUCGCGCCCAACGCGUUCGAGAUCAACGCCCUCAAGCUGGUCAAGACGUUCGAGAACUACUCGACCAUGAUGGUGGUGGGGAACCAGCUCGGCCACCUGCUCGUCGUCGAGCUCCCCUCCAUGCGGCUGCUCAACAUCAUAUACUACCCCAAGCAGGGCGUGGCGGCAACUCCCGAGCCGCCGACCUCCGCGGCCGUUGAGGAGGAGGAGGAGGACGACAACGAGUAUGAGGAGACGCCUCGGCAGCAGCGCAUCCAGACCGUGGUGGAGAUGGGCGACCCCAGCCCCUACAUUUCGUGCCUCAAGGUGCAGCCGAACGUGAACGACGUGUGGGUCGGGUACGGUGACGGCACCUUCGCGGUGUUCACCAUCCCCGCGGGCCUGUGCAAGAAGCACGUGCCGGCGGACUCGAUGGAGAAGGAGACGAACAGCAACGUCGAGAUCGACGUCCGGUGGCAGCGGGUCACGAGCAUCCAUUUCUCGGGCAUGCUGGACCUGGCGCUCGUGGUGUACGGCAACAUCCGCGUCGACGUGUGGGACUCCCGCACGUACACCCUCCUGAAGUCGCUGCCGGCGUCCAUACUCACGUGCGACUCCAGCCUCAUCUCGUCCAUGCGGGUGUACGAGGGCCACGAGAAGAUGUGCCUCCUGUUCAUCGGCUCCAUGGAGGGCUCGCUCAUCAUGCGCAAGGUCCAACGGCACCCGACCCACGGGGUCUCGUGGUCGCUGCUGCUCAACCUGCUGUACGACAUCAAGUUCAGCGCGACGCCCGGCGAAAAGCACGAGAGCACCCACGAGCUCGAGUCCAUCGACUUCAGAGGCGCUCCCAUCACCUGCAUCUACCCGCUGCUCUCCUACAACGCCGUCAUUGUGGGCAACGCGUGCGGCGCCAUGGUAGCGGCGUGGAACGUCCUGAAACGCAUCAGGGGGAAGUGA